CAACAUUGCGGAGGAAAAAAGAUAGAGAUAGAAAGAACUAUGUAAUGCGCUCGUUGCGCAAAUGUUUAAUACUAUUUUACCGUUUAGAACAAACAGCCCAAUUUGACAGACAACAUAAAAUUCGAGAUUUACAAGACCGCAUCGUACACACGACAAUUUAUUGAAGGAAUUACGUGGUCCAUAAUCACGUAAAAUUAUUAUAGCGAUGGCUAUUUUUUUAACAUUCCUACUUGUGACGUUACUUGCUAGGAGCAGUUUAACAGAGUUAUCAACAGAAGAUUGCGCUUCACUAGGUUUCAUAAAGGCCAACCUUUUAUGUUCAUCUUGCGAUCAAUUAAAGGAUUUCAGUCUAGAACCGUUAAUAGAACAUUGUAAAGAGUGUUGUCAUAAUGACGAUACAGCACCGACUGAGAAGAAAUACGCUAGAGCUAUUCUAGAAGUUUGUACUUGUAAGUUUCCGGCGUAUCCUCAGAUACAGGCUUUCGUGAAGAGUGAGCGACCAGCUAAAUUCCCUAACCUGCAAAUCAAAUAUGUACGCGGGCUAGACCCUAUCAUCAAACUCCUAGACAAAGACGGAAUAGUAAAAGACACAGUGGCCAUUGAAAAAUGGAACACUGAUUCUGUGGAAGAGUUCCUGAACACGCAUUUAGAAAAGGAAGAAGACGAAGACCGUAGUUACCUGAAGACGAAUCAAAUUUAAUGUGUAAAUUAUACUUUGCAUUAUAAAGUAAAUAAAGUGAUUUUAAGUUCUUAAUUCAGUGUCUGUGUUAAAUAUGAACCGGCCUAAAUACAACAUUAAUACUAUUUUUUAUUGACGUAAUCUGUAUUAAUUUUAAUCCGUGUGAUAUUUAUUUAUUCAUGGAAAACCAACAGCUUCAACUAUUUAAUAAAAACAGGCAAAGAAACAUAAAGCCAAUUACAGAUUUCCACCUAUGCAUAUAUUUCUACAUCUAGCUAGUUAUAUUCCAGGAUCCAUGGUAUGUUAUAAGAUGCUGGUUUCCGCAGCUCGAAGUCAUGGCGUCUAUUUUGCAUGUGGUACCACAGCACCUACCUUACCCGUUUAAUAUAUGAAACAAAUAGUACGGAAAAUGAAAUUCACACAGAUAUAUAGA